UGUGAGCACCUUAGAUGUUUAUGCGUUUUUUUAUUUGGACAAAAUGACUGCAGCAUUAUAGAUCAUGCUGUUCCAUCGGUUGAUUAGAAUUGCGAGUAUUAGGGGCUAUGCCCCUUUCUCGUCCAGGCGAUCACCUAUUAACGCACCGGUUGGCAGUCAGUAUGAGAGGCGCACCCGUUUAUACUACACCAUGGCGCUUGGGGUAGCCAUGGUUGGAUUUGGAUACGCUUGUGUCCCAUUGUACAGAAUUUACUGUUCCAAAGUCGGGACUGGCACUAACAGUGAAUUCGCGCGUGCUAAAACAGAAAUUAUCAAAACAAUGAAACCUGUGAAAGAGCGGCAGAUCACGGUCCAUUUUUCUGCUGAUACACAUUCGAAAAUGGCGUGGAAAUUCAAACCAGUUCAAAAUGAGGUGAACAUUAAUGGCGUUUACCGGUUUCUAUCGUGUCCGCAUCAGUUUGCCUUGACUGUUGUCCCCGGUGAGACAGCUCUGGCCUUUUACUCUGCUGAAAAUCCCACAGAUCGACCAAUUAUUGGGAUCGCAACCUACAGUAUAGUGCCAACAGAAGCAUCAAAAUAUUUUAACAAAAUUCAGUGUUUCUGCUUCGAGGAACAACGACUGAACCCACAUGAGCAGGUAGAUAUGCCGGUAUUUUUCUUCUUGGAUCCAGAAUUCGCCGAGGACCCAAACUUGCAGCGAACAGAUCGGAUUAUUCUCCAUUACACAUUCUUUGAAUCGAAAAGCAAUAAAAUGGUGACCCCCAGCAUUAACAGUGCAAACCCUGUCACAGUUUCAGCCUAGAACCUUCGAUCCAUCUGUCGGAUUCUCGCUGUAGAUACUUGUUUUCGAACUUUGGCAUUAAAC